AUGGAGGCCCCCCUCUUCGUCACUGACCAUAGAGUCCAGGUCCUCCGAGAACAAAGACGAAUGUGGACCUUAGGAGGACCUGAAAAGAAGCGGAAGUGAAGAAGGCGUAUCCUGGCUGCCUCUUAGCAACGCCAGGGGGUCACGUGACACAACCAGCUGACUCAGGUGGCGCAAGACUCAGUGGCUGGGCUUGUUGCAGCCACGAUUGCCCGGCCAGGGACCCGGGCCGAACAGUCAUCGUCAGAAUGUCGGGCAAAGACCGAAUUGAAAUCUUUCCCUCGCGAAUGGCACAGACCAUCAUGAGGGCUCGGUUAAAAGGAGCACAGACGGGUCGAAACCUCCUAAAGAAAAAAUCUGACGCCUUAACUCUUCGAUUUCGACAGAUCCUUAAGAAGAUAAUAGAGACUAAAAUGUUGAUGGGUGAAGUGAUGAGAGAAGCUGCCUUUUCACUUGCUGAAGCCAAGUUCACAGCAGGGGACUUCAGCACCACAGUAAUCCAAAAUGUAAAUAAAGCCCAAGUGAAGAUUAGAGCAAAGAAAGAUAAUGUAGCAGGUGUUACUUUGCCAGUAUUUGAACAUUACCAUGAAGGAACUGACAGUUAUGAACUGACUGGUUUAGCCAGAGGUGGCGAACAGUUGGCUAAACUGAAGAGGAAUUAUGCCAAAGCAGUGGAACUACUGGUGGAACUAGCUUCGCUGCAGACUUCCUUUGUUACUUUGGAUGAAGCUAUUAAGAUAACCAACAGGCGUGUAAAUGCCAUUGAACAUGUCAUCAUUCCCCGGAUUGAACGUACCCUUGCUUAUAUCAUCACAGAGCUGGAUGAGAGAGAGAGAGAAGAGUUCUAUAGGUUAAAGAAAAUACAGGAGAAGAAAAAGAUUCUCAAGGAAAAGUCUGAGAAGGACUUGGAACAACGGAGGGCAGCUGGAGAGGUGAUGGAGCCUGCUAAUCUUCUGGCUGAAGAGAAGGAUGAGGAUCUUCUCUUUGAAUAAUCUUUUCUGCUGAUUCUUUCAGAAGGCCUAACAUGGCAUCAUUUUAAUGCACGGUGUGUAGGUUUGGUAUGUGUGGCUAUUUAAUUUUUGGCCUAAGAAUUUCACCAGUUGUAAAAUUCCCUGAUGUCCGUUUAUGGGAUUACCUUUGCAGAAUCAUAGUUCAGCAACCAUUUAUCACCAAUGAGAUUUGUAGAACCUGCCCAGAGACUUAUAGAAUUUAUUCUGCGAAGUGUCACCCUACUGCACUUACAUGUCUGUUGCAAGUGAUCUGCUUACCAACAUAUUAAGAAAUUCCCCUAAGGAAACAGCAGUGGUCUCAGGCCAACACAUGUAGGAAAGCUACUGCUGGAACACCCUUUGUUCCUACCGACUUGCACACCAUUGUCUGAGAUUGCUGCAGCCAUCCUUGUGUUAGUUACUGUGGGACUUCUCUCCUCAAGCUUUAUGAAAACCUUCACUUAUUCUUCCUUGAAUGACAGGUCUGUCUUGUCUGUCAUGGGAACAGUUCUGCCAAUUCAAAUGUGACUAUGGUAAUAAACAGUAAAAUGAUUUAAAAAUGAGUUGUUCCUUUUUAAUGAAUUUACUGCUAAGUUGUGUUCUUAUGCUCAGAUCACCACAUGGGAUUGGCAUCCAAAAAGAGCUUUCUCUGCAGACAUGUAUGUAGUGGGUAGCUUCCCUUUUUCCCCCCUUCAUAUUUCAGUGUUUUUUACUAAUAAACUUACUGAGGUGAGUGAUUGAUUGUUGAAUUCUGGGAUACUAAUAAAUAUGAUUGAUUGCCAAUGA